AUGGCUGGUGGUGAGCCAACUCGGAUAAUGAUAGGAGUGAACGAGUCAACAAUAAAAGGAUAUCCACACCCAUCGAUUAGUAGCAGAGGAGCUUUCGAUUGGAUUCUUCAGAAGAUCGUUCGCUCCAAUACCUCUGGUUUUAAGCUUCUCUUCCUCCAUGUUCAAGUCCCCGACGAAGACGGUUUCAAUGACAUGGAUAGCAUGUAUGCCUCGCCUGAAGAUUUUAAAAACAUGACGCAUAGGGAUAGGAUAAGAGGAAUUCAUCUGCUGGAGUACUUCGUCAAUAGAUGCCAUGAGAUUGGGGUUGCUUGUGAAGCAUGGAUCAAGAAAGGUGAUCCUAAGGAAGUAAUCUGCCAUGAAGUGAAACGAGUCCAGCCAGAUCUCCUGGUUGUUGGAAGUCGGGGUCUUGGCCCUUUUCAAAGGGUUUUUGUUGGAACCGUGAGUGAAUUUUGCCAGAAGCAUGCUGAAUGCCCAGUAAUCUCAAUUAAACGUAGGGCUGAUGAAACUCCUCAGGAUCCUGUUGAUGACUGA